CACGUCAGUUGGGAACGCCGCAUUUCUUAGCAGCGGCGGCUCCGUUCUGGGGAAGGGCGACGUGAGGCCCGGUCACUUCCCCGGGCCCGCGGCUCCGCCAUGAACAGCGUGGGGGAGGCCUGCACGGAGCUGAAGCGCGAGUAUGACCAGUGCUUCAACCGCUGGUUCGCCGAGAAGUUCCUGAAGGGGGACAACGCGGGGGACCCCUGCGUGCAGCUCUUCAAGCGCUACCAGCUCUGCGUGCAGAAAGCUAUUAAGGAGAAAGACAUACCCAUUGAAGGACUGGAAUUCAUGGGUCCCAGUAAAGGAAAAGCUGAAAACUCCUCCUGACCUUGUUUAGGCAUAUUGUGCCAUUACAAUGACCUUUUGGACUUGGAAAAAGAACCUCACAAAGACAAGAAGAUUGCCUUGGAUUAGCUGUUAUUUCUGCCUGGCUUUUUAAGAAGCAAGAAGUCUUUUCUGCAGUUCCUUUCAGCUAGAUUGUUUGGUAAUUACUGUUUCAUCUUAAAUGAAUGUUGUUGGUGGUCUGGCAUCAUGCGGUGUGUGAAAAGCCUUUUUAUCAAUCUAUGAUCAUAAGUGAAUGUACUCUGAACAGGGGAAUAUUUAUUGAAAUGGGUUUAGAUAUUAGCUGGUCUAUGAUCAGUUGCUUUUUUAUUUAUAUUAUAAUAGACAAUUUUAAAUGCUGAAAUUAAUGUGAAAGGUGUUAAUUUACUUAUGGGAGUGUGCUGCUGGGUUUUUAUGGGGAUAGAGUUGGUUUCAGUUUUCCUGAAAACUGAUGUGCUACAGCUUUGCUUCUUAUUGUGCAACUGUAGUGGUGUCAGAAAUACCACUGCUGGAGUUGCAAUGAUUUUUGUUUGAAUACACAAGGUGUUUUAAUAUAGAAUACGCAUCUGUUAAGUAAAGUUAUGCUUGACUAAAUGAGACAACUGUCCAAUUAAACCUGCCUGUGCCCUUUAAGAUGGAAAGGGGCCAGCCUGUCCCAGAAAUGAACAGGAGCAACUGCUUUCAGAAGGUACUUUCAACAGCCUCAGGCAGUCUAUGCGGAUUUGAAAGGUACUGACACAACCUUGAAUUUAACUCUGCUACUGAAUGGCUGUUGCCCCAUAAAUAAAGCUUCAACAGCAAUUCAAUUACACUUCAGUUGUCCUUCUCCAACAGGCACCCCCGAGGUGCCCAAAAAUCCUCCACAGAUUAGCCUCAAAAUCAUGAAGUUAGAUGUCAGCUUAAGUUGUCUAAUUCAAAUAUCUAAGGGGUUCCUGCCUUAUGAUGCCCUAAAACAGUACCCAACAGUCAGUUGGAAGUUUGUCUUCCCGCUUUGUAAUAAUAAGAAAUCUGAAAGGAGAGGGAGAAAUGCAACUUUGAUAUAUCCCUGCAUGAAAACUAAUGUCCUAAACCAAAAUUUAGCUGGCUGAAGUCAAGAGUUAUUUACAUUUUUGAUUUAGUAAUAUCAGGAACUGUUGAAUGGUGAUCUUAGUGUAGCAUGUAAAGGAUUAGUCAAGAACUAACUUGCUUUCCAAAUUUCUUUAGAGACUUUUUUGUUUAGCCUUCUUCCUUACAGCAAUGCAUCUUGCCUCUAGCCUUCCUACUGAAAAAGAUUUUUCCAUGAGGAAGCUCCUGAUGGUGCGUUUUAACUCAAGUCAACCUGAAGUCUAUGAAAAACAAAGCUUCCCCUCCUGCCCCCAGCCCUUCCUUUCUAAAUCCCUCUGGAGGUCUUCAAGAAUGGAUCUUUUUUUCUCUAGACCUUAAUGUAACUGGAGAAAGCAAGAGGUGUGGGUGAUUCAGAACAGCAGUUUCCCCUUCUCUGAACCUAAGGUUUGCAAAAAGAGAAAAUCCUCCCCAGAGCCUUAUGAAAGAGUUGAGGGAGGGAGUUUCCUCCCCAUGAACCCAUCAUGAGCAAAGGGAGCAGUUGAAGGAGGGAGAAAAGGAGUCUCCUCUCCACCAGAUGUGUUAAAAACUGUUGCCAUUCUGUUGGACCAUAGGAGGGUUUCAGUCCUUUGGAAAGGAGUUAGUUAAUAGGACAGGAGCUCUGUUCCUAGGCACCUUCUAGGUUCUAAACAUGGGGAAAAACCUUUAUCUUAAUGAGACUUUUUGUAAGAAUUCGAGCUUCUUUAUUACAGACUAGAGGAGAACUGCAGCUACCAUACUGUGGUGCAGAAGAUGAUACAUGAGACUUUUGACCAACAGAUUAAAGCAGACUUAUCUUCUGGACUUCUUGGAGGCUGCAGUGUGCCUACUAUUGUAGGUCACUAGAGUUUGCAGAAACUGAGUUUAUUUACUAAUCCUCAUAACAAUUUAAAAAAACAAAGAAAUGUCCAUAACUUCAGUAAGAUGGAGUUAAUAUUUCAGCUAUUUAAUUGCUGUAAGUACAUAUUACCAUUAAAAAACCUCCAGAAAAUACAGUUAAGGUUGCAGUUCUCAAAGUCCCUUUUCUACCUUAACUGCCUUAGUGAUGCUCUCAGAAUAGGGAACUCCUAUGAUAUUAUGUAUUCAAAAGUUUCAUUAGCCCAGUGACCAUAACAUGUAGAAUACCUUAAGGGUGCUAUGGCCAUACAUAGCACCCCAAAAAAUUAAGCAUAGCAUAUGGGAGCCAAUCGUUCCCACUGUCUUCAGUAUGGGCCUGAUUCUGCUAGCUGCUGAGGGCAUUCAGCUUCCUACAGCAAAAAUGUAGAUGGAAUCAGUUUGAUCCUGUAAGGGGCUAGCACCCUGUUCUUCAAGUAUUAUUAGAAAGAGCACUAGCUUAUAUUUCAGCCUCAUACACCCAGACUGAGAGCUAACAUGAAAAAAAAAAUAGCAUGGUAAAAGUCAUCAAUAAAUAUCAGGCAUUUAGAGAUGAAACAAGCUAUAAAGACAGUUGUCUGUGGAGCAUUCCAUGCAGAGAAAGGGAGGUGGUAGGGUGGCAUUGUUUGAGGCAGAAUGAAUGUUGGGGAUGCUGUUUGAGAUACAACUUUUAACAUUCUUUAAGGAUAAUGUGCACUCUAGUCCCUGGCUGCAGCUUGCACUUCACCUCCGUGAAGUGUCUUCGGUAGGAGGAAAGAGGCGGUCAUGCUAGUGUUUAGAGUAUUACUAUCCCAACUGUGGAAAAACAGUUUCAUCAGCUAAUGCGAUUAAGCCAGAAAGUGCCUUAUACUGAGCUUUAACAUAGGGGGAAGCUUGCUUUAACACCACCUGUAUUCUGCUAAGAUGCUGUGUGGGCUGUGCUAAUGGGGAUGAAAUAAAUAUUGUGAAAUGGG